UUCUGUUGUCGCAAUCUAGAUUGUACUGCAUUCUACCUCCCACCUCUGCAGUUUUCAGUUUGUAUCAGCUCACAAUUUCUUUGUUCACUGAUACAUUGAUGUUAAAUUGUUUAUAGAAGCUGUGUAAAUAGCUUGUUCAAUUGCUUAUGGCUCUUGACUACUUACAUGUGAAUCAUAUUCUUCAUCGAGAUGUUAAGUGUUCAAAUAUAUUCUUGGCAAAAGAUCAAGACAUACGUCUUGGUGAUUUUGGACUUGCUAAGAUGUUGCCAUCAGAUGAUCUUGCAUCCUCUGUUGUAGGAACUCCAAGUUAUAUGUGCCCUGAGCUUCUUGCUGACAUACCUUAUGGCUCUAAGUCAGACAUUUGGUCCUUGGUCAGGCCCUCAUCAAAAGCAUGCUGCGGAGAAAACCCAGAACUUCGGCCGAGUUUAUUUCCUGUUCUUUAUUCUUUUUUAACACUUUCCGAAAAUGUUUUACGUAGGAGAAACAUUAAUAUAAGCAUACGAAUGAUUUGCCAUUGCCUUAGAUAAUCUAAAUGAUUCCUAAUUCAUUAAUUAGGACUCAGCUAGUUGUGGUUGUUCUAGCUAAUAUAUUGCCAUUCAUAGUCAUCGGCAUAAGCCUUUUCUAGUAAGUUUCUCUAAUAAUUUUAAAUCCCUGUAAUGUAUCUUCCAAAAUUCGAAGCCAAGACAUUUUCAAGGUACUUACUGGUUUUAUGUUUCAA